CCGUUACUUGGCUGCCGAAACUCUACAACUGCAAAGAGGACAGAAGAUAUGUCCGAAUACCAGCCCAGUCUGGAUUAAAACACCCGGAGGGUAACUCUUCUGUGCGAACAGUAGUGCUCAUCCUGCUCAGUGUUUAAGGAAAUGGUCUAAAAAGCAGCAGAAACCGGCCAGCAGGGUACUUUUUGGGGGGCGUUUCGCUGCCCGUUUGGAUCGGGAUGAUCACCAACUGUGGGGAGUGAUCAGUGUCACGAAGCCUGUGUGAGUCUGUGCACGCUGUGGGGUAGCGACAGUAGGAUGAGCUGCCCCAGAGCCAUCACUGUCUGUGGGGACUGACACACACCGCUACAAAUACAGCAGUCGAUGCAGUCUUCCAGAGGCUCUCCCUCCCUGUGGCUGAGAAACAAGCAGCAGCAGCAGCAGCAGCAUGUCUCGCGUCUCCUCCACCGCCAAGCGCUACGCUGGCCCCUCCUACACCAGCCACUACAGCUCCUACAGCUCCUCCCUGACCCCGGGCCUUAGCUCCUACAGUGAGCGGGACAGGCUGUCCUCUUACAAAUCCCCCACCUCCUCCUCCACCUCUUCCUCAGGUUACUCUUCCUCCAGCUAUCUGAGCAGCUCUGCCGUCCGCAGCCGUAACUACAGCACCUCCUCAGAUCCCGACCGCGACAGGGGUCGAACCAUCCCACGCACCGACAUCCUUGGAAGCAGCAGCAGCAGCCGCCGGAGUGAGAGCCUCAGCAGAACCCCCGUCAAAACCUACGGAGGGUCGGGGCUGAGCGGGGGGUCAGCCUACACUGGCUACAGUUCCUACUCUUCAUCCUCGGCCCAGUCCAGCUACCUCUCCUCUUCACCGGUGGCCUCCAGCAUCUCGCUUAACCGACGAAAAUCUGUAUCCCAGAGUGACUUGAGCAGAGACCUGGCCUCUCUGGGUCUCAGCGAUGCCUCCACCUCCUCCACCCCGUCUUCUUCCACCAGUGCCCUGCGGAGCUACCGCAGUCGGACCAGCGAUGUGGCUGACUCAUAUGGCAGUAGUUCCCGCCCAGGCUACUCAGGCCUGUCGCGGAGCUCUACUCAGGAGGCCUUUAGCAGCAGCAGAGCAUUCAGCUCUUCGACUUGGGAACCGAGCAGCAACGGGCUGUCCGACUCACCCACCAGGGACUCCACGAAUUCAAAGAGUGCCCAAGGCCUGGUGGGACUGAAGAACUUAGGAAACACUUGUUUCAUGAACAGUAUCCUGCAGUGUCUCAGCAACACACACAGCCUGCGAGACUACUGCCUGCACAACUCACACCGCAGAGACCUUAACAACAACAGCCGCACCAACACAGCCCUCAUGGAAGAAUUUGCCAAGCUGAUACAGACCAUGUGGACAUCAUCCAGCAGUGAGGCAGUCAGCCCAUCUGAAUUCAAAACUCAGAUCCAGAGAUAUGCUCCCAGAUUUGUGGGAUACAACCAACAGGAUGCUCAGGAGUUCCUGCGUUUCCUCCUGGAUGGCCUGCACAACGAAGUCAACAGGGUCACCGUCAGGCCGAGAGGAACUGUGGAGGACUUCGACCACCUACCGGACGAAGAGAAAGGAAAGAAGAUGUGGAGUAAAUACCUGGAGAGAGAAGACAGUAAGAUAGUUGACCUGUUUGUGGGCCAGUUGAAGAGCUCUCUGACCUGCAGCCACUGUGGUUUCUGCUCCACUGUCUUCGACCCCUUCUGGGAUCUCUCUCUACCUAUCGCCAAGAAGGGCUAUGGUGAGGUGAGUCUGAUGGACUGCAUGCGGCUCUUCACCAAAGAAGACGUCCUUGAUGGGGACGAGAAGCCGACGUGCUACAGGUGUAAAGCCAGGAGGAGAUGCACUAAGAAGUUCACAAUACAGAAGUUCCCCAAGAUCUUAGUGCUGCACCUGAAACGCUUCUCUGAAGCACGCAGAACCAGCAAACUGUCCACCUUUGUUAACUUUCCCAUGAAGGAUCUUGAUCUGCGAGAGUUUGCCUCUGAAAACAGCAUAAAUGCAGUGUACAACCUGUAUGCAGUGUCCAACCACUCAGGCACCACUAUGGGCGGUCACUACACAGCCUACUGUCGCAAUCCCAACUCGGGAGAAUGGUACACGUUUAAUGACUCCAGAGUAACGCCAAUGUCCUCCAGCCAAGUGCGCAGCAGCGACGCCUACGUCUUGUUCUACGAACUGACUUCCUCCUCUCGGAUGUGAAGCUUCCUGGAGGACAGCGGGCCACAGCACCACUCUGACUGAUGGACGGAUGGAAAAAUCAGACUGUUGUUGGUGCCUGGCCUAUUUUGGACUUGUAUUUGGACAUAUAUCUCACACACACUCAUGCACACACACACACACACACACACACACACACACACACACAUAAAGACACACACCCCUCCAGCAGCUGGGCGGCUGCGUCUCUCUGCAGAGAGAGCUGAGAGGGGAACACUCUGGAAACCACAGGAACCUGAUCAACCAGCCCUGUUUUCUUUUUCUCUGUCUGUACUCCCGUGUCUCGCUCAUUCUAAGUGUGUGUGUGUGUGUGUGUGUGUGUGUGUGUGGGUAGGUGGAUGUGUGAGUGUGUGUGCAGCUGACACAGGGCAAUAAUCCCAUCUGACCGACCAACCAGGUGAACCCGUGUCCAUCUCAGAAGUCCCUCUCUAUGCACUGCAAACAGAACUCCCAUCCUGACUGCGCCUUUGCUUUUUCUUCUGCUCUUGACCUUCUUGUUUGCCUCAAACCAUUAAAACUGACUCGUUGCAAUUUUAUUGAUUUUGUUUCUGCUUGGAAUUCAUGUUGUUUUUUUUCUUCUUUCGGGGCAGUGGGUUAUUAGCAAAGCACCGAGAGCAUCAUCGCCACUUUGGACUGUGGAUAAACUGUGCUUAGAGUGUGACUGUAACAGGAUUGGUCGCGGUUACGAGGAGCUUACACCCCACCGGCCUGCUUGGUUUUCACGGCUUUCCCUUCCACUUCACUACAACACUCCCAUGUCUCUGUUGGCAUCUUCUUCACUCUCUUUCUUUCUCUGAAAGUGGUUUGGAGGGCCGGUGGCACUGUGAGCGUUACAUGUUUCAGAGGACAACCCUCUAACUUGUGUUUUAUUUAAUUUGUUUCUCCCACGUGUGGCUGCUACUGAUGUUUUAAAAGUGCUGUGAAUGGAUGAAUGAACAGUCCAGUGCAGAUCUGCUAAGGAUUAAUAGUAGAGACGACAAUAACAGUAACAAUCCUCAUCGUCAGUAUGGGGUCUUUUCUUCCUCUCUUGUUUCAUGCCAUUGAACAACAUGGAAAGAAUGUUUUAAAGAAGAAAAAAACACUAUAUCUGUAUAUUUUUAUAUCCUGAUGCAAUAUAGAGAAUGUACUAUUCAAUGGUGCUGAAAAUGACCCAUAACUGUUUUCAGUUGGUUUAUUUACCAGGUUUCAAGAGAGAAAAAAAAGUUAUUAUUUAUGCUUACAGGUGAUAAUGUGAUGAGUCACACUUUUUAACAGUGGCAGUCAAACACAUGAGUAUAUAAAUAUAUAUAUAUAUAUAUAUGAAUAAAAGUCAACAAAACAGUA